GCAGGCGAGCUAAAAUGGAUGAUUCAGACAGCUGAUUACUUAGAUAUAAUGCCCGACUCCCGCAUGGGCUUGUUCAUUGCUUCCAGUCACGUACCCCCUCGAUCCUGCCUUUCUGAUGUGUAUUUGGCUGGUUAACGGGGCACAUUGGUGCCCCAUUUGCUUCCCAGCAUCUUCAUCUACUCUGGUGCCCAACAACAACUGCGGAUGCGUUGAUCCAUAUCUGAGGUACUGUACACUACCUGCCUGUAGGUAUGCCCGGCAGGGCCCCGAGGUACCUACCUGAUGCACUUCCCUCACCAACUUGUUUGGUGUGCAGUUUGCGGACACUACGUCCGGUCCUUGCCUCUCUAUCUCCCAAUUGCGCCAGCUGCUCAAGGAUGGCUCGUGUUUGACGUCGUACCCUGGGCGGAUACAGGACGCAAUGACAAGGCAAGGCAGAUGGGGCACAUACCUACGGUAGAUGUCUGUACACUACCGGUACUAGUACGUAGUGUAGUAGUAGGGCAGCAAAGCUCGACUCGACUCAGCUCGCCCGUUUCUUAUUGUUGACCGUUCAUGGUUCUCUCUCUGCCCGACCUGAAAUUUCGGGCUGCCAGCCAGUGGUUGGAUGUCAACCAAGCAAGCCAAACAGCUGUGACGACGGCACCCUGCAGAUGCUUUUGGGACAAGACCGCACACGAAAGGGUGGGAUCGGACGAGAGAAAGAAAGGGAGAGAGGGGGGGGAGGGGGGAAGAG